AUGGGGAUCGCGAAACGAGUGAGGCUCGUGGAUUACUCCGACAGCGAGAGCGACAACGACAUCAACAACAGCGAGGUCGUUGCACCGCCACCGCACGCGCAGGGAGACGCACCGCCACCCGAGACCGAGAACGAGCUCGCCAAGAUCGUGAUCGAGCUGCAGAAGAAGUACAUCCGCGAGUACGAGGAGAUUCAAAGGAGACAGGACGAAUGGCGCCAGGAGAUACGCAAGUGGCAGAUUGGGUUCGAAGGGAAAUGGGAGCUUCAGCGCAGGUUGUUGAAAGUGACCGGGAUGCGCGUCGGAGAGAUGCUACAUCGAGAACGGAUUCUUUCAGCCGCGAACGCGGCAAGCGAAGCGCAGAAUCCGUUGUCUCCGUUUGCGACGCCGGCGACCCCCGCUGCUCCGGGAUGGAGUCAGUUCCCGGCCCGAGAGGACGUGACGGUGUCCGAAAGCGAGGCAAAGGUGUAUGACGGACCGGAGCCGAUAGCGACAGCAGUACCCACGCAACCACAGAGGACGAGAAGCACCGGCAGGAAGGCGCCACGCGCUAAGGUUCUUUCGUCACUUCGUCGACUGAACCAGGCCGCGAGGAAGAUUGGUGGGAGCGCAGACUCGAAACAGCAACAUCGAGUGGAACCUCCGACCCCAUACGACGACCCGAAGUAUUGUAGCUCUUUGACCAUUACAGACGAAUGCGGCAACCAGAAGCCCUUAUUCAAGUUCCAACCGACACCAGACACGGUAGAGGAGCUCUGGGCGGAGUACCGGCAUGGUCUUCGUGGCCAGCCCCCUGUCGAGCAGUUGGAAGUAAAGUAUCGAGCCAAGUGGCGCAACGACACCUAUGGCCGGUCAUGGUUCACCCGGCGCAAGCCGUUCUGGGACAAGAUGAAGCAGAUGCUGGCGGAUGGAAAGACGGAAGACGAGGCACUGGAAGUGAUGAGAGCCCUUUCCAAAGGAAGCGUGCCGGGCCUCAUGGGCAGGCUCUGCAAGGAGCGAGCAGGCAAGGGAUUGAGGCCGAGGAAGCGCAAAGCCUCCCACAGCUUGUCGGAGACUGAACGGACCAGGGGAGGUUCGGAAGACGAUGUCGUCAGUGAGGCGGAGCCAAGCGAUAGCGAUGUGGAGGUUGGGCGAUUGAAUCCGGUCGUCCUGCGUAAACGGAUCAAGAUGUUGAAGGUUGAAGAUCUUUCUGGUAAUAGUGAGACCGGGACGAACUCGGGAUGGGAAGAUGAUUAUGGGCCUUGGGAGGACUGA